AUGACAUGUGAAAAGGGCACUUUACACCAGGUGGUAAAACAGGAUACCAAAAUAGUUGACCACAAUGACAUCACACACUCGAAGAUUCCGACAGUUGCCGAGUGUGCCACGAAGUGUAAUACGUCAUCGGUGAACUGCCGCUCGUACGAGUACACGAAGGCAACGGAAGCGUGCGUCGUAUCCGUUGACAACAGCGAUACUGUGACCGUUACUGAUAUAUCAAAGACGGCAGGCGGCACAGAGUUUCACGAAUGGGAUUGUAGAGGCACUACUGACUGUCUUUACCCAAGGAAGCUAAAGUGGCGAACAUUUGAGAAUAUGCUUCCCCCCUACUCGUAUGACCGCCAGCAGUACGACGUGGUCACUGACGCGACCUGCCGGACAAGGUGCCUGCAAGAGACGGCCUUCCAAUGCCUGGCAGUGACGUUUUUGAACAAUUUGCCGACAUGCAAAAUGUAUGGGGAGUCGAGUCGAACUCUGGCGAAAGAAUCAAUGAACAAAAAUACUCAGGCAAACUUAGAGGAAUGGACCUGUCGAGGAGAGAUCCUGUGCAAGAACGGCACAAUGAAAUGGAUAACCUUGGAGAACAGCUUUAUCAAGUACCACAGUGACAUCACCGUCAGCAAUAUUAAGACGAUGCCAGAGUGUCAGAAUGCUUGUCUCAAUGAGAUGCGGAUGAACUGCCGAUCUGUAAGGUUUGCUGCUGGUGACCUGCUGUGUUUAUUGUCGGAGAAGGCAAUGGAUGACAUGCCAAGAAGUGAUUUCAUCAAUUUUCAAAGUGAUACUGUUGCUCCGCUUAUGCUGUUUUCACAAUGGGACUGCACGUAUCCAACGCGAAUCUGCCCAGUCAACACUAUAUGGAAUUGGAAACAACAAAAAUUGAAAAAGGCAACGCUCGACCAAGCAAAGGAGAAGGUCAUAUACGGAACUACUACAGAGGGAAGCUGCCAAGCACUCUGCGAAAUGGAAAAGGAUUUCCAUUGUUGGUCUUACAAUUAUAAUGAUAAAACGAAGCAGUGCGAAUUGAGUAAAGAAAAUCGGGACGCAGCAUUGGUUAUCGUGGAUUCGACGACGGAUAAUCAUGGUUCAGGGGAAUGCCCUUUCAUCACCAGUCUCCCAGGAUAUACAACAAACAAAGGUAGCUGCGACGUCGAAAAGCACCAAAGUCUCGACAAGUUUACAACAACAAAAAUCGAGGAGUGUAAGCUGGCCUGCGAUGGACAGAAAGCCUGUAGGUCCUUCUUCUUCUUCCCCGAUGAGUGUCGGAUCUACACCACUGUGUGUCCGAAUGAUGGACCGGUGAAGAAUGACUUCAGCGCGGUUUGGGUGAAAGAGCCUGUGGUAGAACCAGUCCCUCCCGUUUUGUGCGCGGCGAAACUUGAUCUAAUGUGGGUGGACUAUCUGCACAAACAUAUCCGUUACCACGAUGACCUCGUUCUCGAGACAGCAGACAUGGCCGCCUGCAAGAAGGCAUGUGAAAGCGAGAUUCGCUUGAAAUGUCUGUCUGUUGAGUUCAAGCCUUCGACCAAGGAGUGUGUCUUGUCGAAGGCAAAUGGCGGCACCGUCACUGACGCUGACUGGGAUGAAUGGGACUGGAUGGAUGCAGAUCUUGUCUACGCUGAAUGGACAUGUUUCGAAGAUAAUGCCAUAUGUUCGGAAGGACUAUCUAUUAAAUGGGAUAAGGCCAUAGAGGUCGCUACGCUGACCAUAAAACGGACUGUUUUGUUCGCCAAAGAUGAGACAAGUUGUCAGAACCUGUGUCUUCUCUCAACCGAUCCGUGUCUUUCAAUCAAGUUCACCGAACCCAGAGGCUCAGAUCCGAGUGGGUGUUCCUUGUAUGAAAGCGCUUUGGUCGUGGCACUUGCUGGCACAAUGUCAACUCGGAAAUGUGAUCUGGAUUGGGAGAUUGAAGGUUACACUUCCUCCCCUGGCAUCCAAGGUGCCGCAUGCAAAAAUACCGCAUUCUCGAAAUACGCAGGUGCCGAUCUUACCAAAUGCAAGCACGAGUGUAACCAAUUGAAAGAAUGUGUCGGUUUCCGGUACGAUGGCGCCUUGCCCAAGUCUCCAGCCUCGACGCCAUGUCAACUGAAGGCACUUGCUUGCUCUAGUGAUACUGAAUUGACUGAGACUACGAGCACGGACAAACAUAUUUUUUAUAAGAAAAAUCUGGAGGCAGUCGUAAAUGCGAAAAGCAUUAUCAUCGAUACGAUCACGUCAACCAGCGCUACUGUCAAGUGGUCACUGGUCGAGGGUGUAUUUCAGAAGUACAACAUCUCGAUACAGCCAGACAAGGGGACAGCCGUGACGCCACAUUUAGUCGCAAAUGGUGCAGCCGACUUGGAAUCGAAGCUGAGCAACCUCAUACCUGGGGUGGAGUAUACCGUUUUCAUCAAAUUAGCUUUCAAAGAUCCUCUUAUAAAAAAUAAUGAGGCGGAAAAGGCAUUCAGGACCAAACCUGGCUCGGUCAUCCAAGACUCCAUUAAAUCAGAGCCAUGGCUGACGGGCUCUAAUGUCACGUGGAAAGCCGUCACAGGAACUUAUGAGUCAUUCUCGAUGACCAUCGACAACUUUGCAGGAAAGAUAACAUUUCCUGAAGGGAUUAGUAAGCCGUUGGCUUUAGUUAGUGGGUGCGAGCCUGGGACUGCCUAUACCGUGAGCAUCAAGGCCAAGUCUGGUACCAUGGUAGGCGAUCCCACGACUAGGGAAGUAUUUACACUUCCCGAGAGUCCGGCUUCUGCCACGGUAACUGUACAUGAUAUUCGGGAAACGUCAGCCAAGGUCACAUGGGGAAAGGUCCCACGCGGAUCUGUCGACACCUAUGAGAUAUCGAUAAAUCCGACCACUGGUGAUGCCAACGCCAAAUCAGUCAACAAAGACGAAACAUUGGAAACUGACUUGGAUAAGCUGACGCCGGGGACAAAGUACAACGUCAGCAUUCAGGCAAAUUGGCAGGCUCUUUCGAGUGAGGCGGUGUGGAAGAUAUUUUACGCCAAACCACAUGCGGUAGAUUGGUCGACGAUUGAGAUCACUGAUGUUUCAAACUUCACAGCUAAGGUGACUUGGGCAGUUGUCACCAUUGGGGUCGUCGAGGGCUAUGUUGUCACAUAUGUCCCCACUGCCACAGGGAAGGCAACAAAUCCAAAAGAAGUUGCAGUUCCACUGGCCGAACUGAAGGAGCUUAUUCCUGGUACAGAGUACACAGUUAACGUGCAGGCAAAAUCAGGGGAAUCGCUGAGUGAUAGCAAAGAUAAGAAAUUUAAAACAUUACCACAAACAGUUGACACCAAGACUAUCGUGAUCACAGUCUCUGGCGCCACUGCAACAGUAACAUGGUCUGCCAUUACUAUUGGCGAUGUUGACAAAUACGAGUUAACUCUGACGCCGACUACUGGCGACGCUAAACCGAAACCCGACAGAGUUGGGAAGGAUAACGAAAAGAGAUGCACUCUGGAGAACCUCUCUGUUGGCACCAAAUAUGAUUUCAGCGUAAAAACAAAGCUUGGGGAAUUGUAUGGGUUUCCAGCUUUGAAGGUAUUCUCUACAAAACCAUCAGCCGUAAUAGAAGCUAAGGUGGAAGUUGUCAACAUAACAGAUACCGAGGCCACUGUAGGCUGGGCAGGAAUACUGAUAGGAUCAGUUGAUUUCUACAAAGUAGACCGAAUAAUAUCAGGCGCAGUGACCACGACCGAGACAGUCCCUGGGUGCCCCGGGCAAGACACUCUUCAUGUUGUCCGGCUCUCCAACCUGACGCCUGGAAGGCUGUACACGGUGCGCAUUGUGACAACACUGGGCGACCAGGAGAGCGAUCCUACAACAAAGGUUUUUACCACGAGACCCGAAGCUCCAAAAGCUGAUAAAAUCAGCAUCAUCGAUGUCCUAGCCAACACUGCAUCCGCCCAAUGGGAGGCUGUCACUAAUGGCUUCUUUGAUUCUUACGAAGUCCGCGUCUAUCCGGCCCCAUCAAGUGCGGCCCCAGCGUCCCUCCCACGAGCUACAAACCCGCUAAAGGCCGAGUUACAAAACCUUGUUCCUGGGAAGACGCACACAGCAAAAAUUACCACAAAAAAAGGGGCCGUGGAGAGUGAACCAGCAAUCGUGACCUUCCAAACCAGGCCAAUGGAAAUCCUUGAAUCCUCCAUCACGACCAGCGACAUUGUCACAACGGACGCUAGCCAGAGCAUCACCCUGAAAUGGACCGCGGUGACUAAAGGUGUCUUCGAAAGUUACAUCGUCAGGACGUGGGAAAAAGCAGUUAAAGUCUUUGAGAAGACCAUCCCCAAUACCAACACUGCCACAGGUGGUAAAGCAUCCCUGCGAAGAAGAAGAGCUGCUGGCACCGAUGCAUCACUCGAAGUUGUGAUGCCAAAAUUGGAGUAUGGGAAAGAGUAUACGGCCAUCAUUACCACCAAAUCAGGUGCUUUGGAGAGCGCGAAGGCCACAAAGGUUUUCAAGAUAGGUGAGUUCACCUAUUGUAUCAUCCACUCUGCUUGUGGUUCCCCGUUCUCCUAUAAGUGGUUCCAUGCGUGAAACUACUGGGCGCUACAAGCAGAGUCGAUAAUGCAUGGAGACUGUUUCCUAUCUGCUCGGGAGGAGUAUCACCAUGUUAGUUUAACCAAAUAUCCCCCUAUCGAGCCGAUCCGGAAGCAAUAUUGUGUACGGGGUAUCACAGAAAAAAUGACGUAUUCAAACUUUGAGUAGAGCGUAGCAUUCUCAAUAUGAAACGGGCUCAAGACAUGCUUGUGUAUGAAUAAAGUUUAUGUGCGCGAUCUAGGAUUUAAGGUGUCUCCGCAUCGGCGUUUAAGGCGGCAUCGCCAACGGCCUU